GAAGCGACCGCGGCGGUUCCGUGUUCGAGUCUGCUGGUCGGUGAGAACUACAGUUUCGGGGCUUGACAGUGUAAAGUUAAGAGAAACAAGGGGAAAGAAUACGUUCAUCCACAUAAAGCCGAGAAUGGCCGACAGAAAACCGUGUAAGGUGUGCAAUUUCACACGACAGAAAUCCUACGGGUUGGCAGUUCCCUCCUUAGAUGAUCUGAAGAUGAAAGGAAGUGAGUUUCUCGGGUUCAGUUCGGGUGAGGCCGUCACAGUGGUCCUGGAGAAUGAUGGGACGAUAGUAGAGGAUCAAGCCUACUUUUUGUGUUUACCUCUAAACACAAAGUUCAUGUUGUUGCAUGAAAAAGAGACAUGGUCACCAGUUCGCAGGGUCGAUGGUGGCACGGCCUGGAUGGUCAGAGAUUCUCUGGUGCUGGAGGUUGAUACUGUGGACAACUCCAGUGCUGCAGCACCCUGGCUGAACCUGGCUCAGCAGCUGAAGCAGGACCUGACCAGCAUCAUCCUCAUGUCUGAUGCAGACUUACAGACAUUGGUGGAUGCCCCGUGCCCUGAGCUGGCCUCCGCUCUGGGCUUCCAGGAGAAGAGGGCCAAGGACCUGCAGGAGACGCUGCAGAGGGUUUUGGACAGACGAGAGGAGGAGAGGCAGUCCAAGGAGUUGCUCCAGCUCUACCUCAAAGCUGCGGAGAAAGAGGACAGACAGCAGGAAGACCCAAGCCAGCCUGGACAGGAAGGGGCUGGAGAAGAAGAUGUUGAUGCAGUGGAGGUGGACUAUGCAUCUGGAUUCAUGUCCCGGACACUGAUGGUCCUGAAAGGCAAAACAAGCCCAGAGACCAGACUCUCCACUGAGGAUCUGCAGCUGGUUGUGACCAGAGGGCUGGAAGCUAUGGAGCAUGUGCUGGGCUGGGACCGAAUAAGGACUUCUGCGCUGCUGCAGGCCUGCGAAGCCGAGCUGACCGGACGUCUCCAGCAGGUUCAGGCUGUGCAGUCCAUCAGGAGCAACACACAGCUGGACAGCAGCCGGCAGUCCAGUUAGCAGAGUGCAGAGGAGGGCCUAGAACCGCCAGCCCGAGGCUUCACCUGAGAAAAGACUGAUAAGAAUUCACACCACCUGCCUCAGGGUCAAAAGAAUGGGAUUCUCCUUGUGUUAAUAAUAGUAUCCAUAAUGCUGGAAUGCAUGAAUGUUUAUGAUGUUGGCGUUUGCAUAAUUUUGUAGAACCUGCGAACCGCUUGAAUGCUUUUUGCCUCAAGAGGAAGCAGAGUCAUUUGCACAAGUCAUGUUUAUCAAAGACAUGCUGGCGUUAACCACUGGCAUCAACUUCCCAUUGGUAUCGGGUUUUGGUGAGUGCCAUGCUGUGGUAAAUAAUCGCAGAUAAACACAUUCAUGUGAAAAGCAACACAUUUUGGGAAAUAGGCCCAUUCGCUUCCUUUUGGAGAGUUGGCUCAGACGAUCGACACCAUCACUCUCUGAAUGGAGGAUAGCUUAGUUUAGCGUAGCGACUGGAAACUGGGAAACCACUAGCUCGUACCAGGCCCCUGGUCAACUUGAUAACAAGACUCCAGCAUAUUAUCCCUGUAAAAACCCAACUGGUGGGUUUGCACUUCAUUUGUGUGAUUUUUUUUUUUUUUAAAUGAUGAGAGUAAGGGGCGUUAGCUCUCGUUUCCCCCUAUUCCCAGUCUGUAUGCUAAGCUAUGCUUAUGGCAGCGUCGUCUUUAGUUCAUAUGCAUGAGAGUGGUAUCAAAGCAUUCGUCCAAAUAUGUGGAAUCAUUGCUUUAAGGUUUUAUAUAGACUGUUACUGUUAAAUGAACUUCCCAGUGGUAUUGUUUACAUUCUGCCCCCCCCCCUUUUCACUGCUAAUUCAGACAGAAAUUGUGCACUAUAUUUUAUUUUUGAGUAAAUCAAAUUCUUAGGUAAGAAAUAUGCUUUGAACUAGCUGGAGGGACACAAUAUGUUUUGUGUCUGAAAGAAUGUAUGUGCUUUCACAUAAAUUAAUUUGAUAUGGGAUAUUUUGGGAAGUUUAGAGUAGCAUUGUGUUAUUUCAAUCAGCUGGCAGGUCCUUUGGAUUUUACCUUUUUUCUUUGUCAGUUUUAAGGGCCACUAUUGGACCCACAUUUCUAACUUGUGAUGAAAAUAAACAGGUCCCCCUUCAGGGAACAUACACAUUUUCUUUUGUAAAUAAACUACACUAGCCUAAAUGUGGCAUCAUCCUUA